GGGCGCGUUCUCAGCAGGAUCGCAGAGAGCCGGCGCUCCUCGUCCCUCAUCCUCGUGGUCUUGGGAGCACGUCCCCUAGCCCCUCGGCGUCCCCGCGGUCCCAGGAAGGCGGCUAGCCGGCGGGAGUAGGACAACCACUGAGCCAUGGGCGCAGGCAGUUCCACCGAGCAGCGGAGCCCCGAGCAGCAGCCGGCGGGGAGCGACACGCCGAGCGAGCCGGAGCUCAGUGGCCACGGGCCCGCGGCGGAAGCGCCGGGAGCGGCUGGGGAACCUGCCGACGCGGACCCCGCCACCAAGCUCCUACAGAAGAAUGGUCAGCUGUCUGCUGUCAAUGGCGUGGCUGAACAAGGAGAUGACCACGUCCAAGAGGGAAACCAGGACGGGCAGGAGGAAGAAGUCAUUGUUGAAGACGUUGGACAGAGAGAGUCAGAAGAUGUGAGAGAAAAAGACCGAGCUAAAGACAUGGCCGCCAACUUUGCAGUUGUUGAAGACAUCACAAAGGACGGGCAGGAGGAAGCGCCUGAAAUCAUCGAACAGAUCCCUGCUCCAGAAAGCAACGCGGAGGAGAUGGCCCAGCCCGCUGAGUCCCAGGCUAAUGAUGUCGGCUUUAAGAAGGUAUUUAAGUUUGUUGGCUUUAAAUUCACCGUGAAAAAGGAUAAAAAUGAGAAGUCUGAUACUGUCCAGCUACUCACUGUCAAAAAAGAUGAAGGGGAAGGGCCAGAAGCCACAGUUGGAGCGGGUGACCACCAGGAGCCCGCCACGGAGACCGGAGAGUCAGCGUCCAAAGAAAGCGAGCUGAAGCAAUCCAUAGAGAAGCCGGAAGGCGCCCUGAAGCAAGCACAGAGCAGCACAGAAGAAAUUCCCCUCCAGGCUGAAUCUGGCCAAGUGGCUGAGGAAGAAGCCAAGGAUGAAGGAGAAGAGAAACGUGAGAAAGAACCCACGAAGUCCGCAGAGUCUCCAACCAGCCCGGCCAGCGGCGAGACAACCUCUUCCUUCAAGAAAUUCUUCACUCACGGUUGGGCCGGCUGGCGCAAAAAGACCAGCUUCAAGAAGCCGAAGGAGGAUGAGCUGGAAGCGUCCGAGAAGAAAAAGGAGCAAGAGGCAGAAAAAGUCAAUGAAGAAGGAAAAGAAAAGACAGAAGAAAGUCCUUCUGAGCAAGCCCCAGCCGCCUCCGAGCAGCAGGAGCCCGCCGAAGGCAUAAACGAGGCCAGGUUGUCCGCAGACUAUGAGAAGGUGGAGCUGCCCUUGGAAGAUCAGGUCGGUGGCCUGGAGGGAUCAUCAGAGGAGAAGUGUGCCCCGUUGGCCACGGAAGUGUUUGAUGAGAAAAUAGAAGCCCACCAAGAAGUGGUUGCAGAAGUCCACGUGAGCACCGUGAGCACCGUAGAGAAGACGGCAGAGGAGCAGGAAGUGGGGGAGGAGACCAAAGGGGACGUGGAAGAAAUGGGAGAAUCCCUGUCCCCUGGAAAACCAGCGGAGACCAAGGAGGACCCCCAGGAGGCCCAGGCUGCAGAGGAGCUGGUGAAGAACAAAGAAGUGUGUGUCUCUGGAGGUGACCAUACGCAGCUGACGGAUCUAAGUCCCGACGAGAAGAUGAUGCCCAAGCACCCGGAAGGCAUUGUCAGUGAGGCGGAGAUGCUGUCCUCUCAGGAGAGGAUGAAGGUCCAGGGGAGCCCUCUGAAGAAGCUCUUCAGUAGCUCGGGCUUGAAGAAGCUCUCUGGGAAGAAGCAGAAGGGAAAACGACGGGGCGGGGGAGAUGAAGAGCCAGGAGAGCCACAGGUUCAAACCGAGUCCCCGGAGAGCGCGGAUGAGCAGAAGGGAGACAGCUCAGCAUCCUCCCCAGAAGAGCCCGAGGAGAUCACGUCCCUGGAGAGGGGGCUGUCGGAAGCACGCCAGGAAGGGGAAGCCGAGGAGGGAGCUACUUCUGAUGGCGAGAAAAAAAGGGAAGGGAUCACCCCCUGGGCAUCAUUCAAAAAGAUGGUGACACCCAAGAAACGGGUCCGAAGACCUUCCGAGAGCGACAAGGAAGAAGACGUGGACAAGGGCAAGAGCGCCACGCUGUCGUCCACAGAGAGCACCAUGUCAGAAAUGCAAGAAGAAGCCAAAACUGUUGGAGACGAGCAGAAGCCCGAAGAACCGAAGCGCAAGGUGGAUACUUCCGUGUCUUGGGAGGCAUUGAUUUGCGUGGGAUCCUCCAAGAAGAGAGCGAGGAAGGCAUCCUCUUCGGAUGACGAAGGAGGGCCGAGAUCAUCGGGAGAGGAUGGCCACAGAGCGGAGGACGCCGUCAAAGAAGCUGGAACAGAUGCUGCCCCUGCCGGCACCCAGGAACCUGAUCAGGCGCAGGGAAGUUCCUCACCCGAGCCAGCCGGAAGCCCUUCUGAAGGGGAAGGUGUCUCCACCUGGGAGUCGUUUAAAAGAUUGGUCACUCCAAGAAAAAAAUCCAAGUCAAAGAUGGAAGAGAAAACCGAAGAGUCCGGUAUAGAGCCGUUGGCUUCAGAUGUCGAACCGAAUAAAGAAGAAUCUUGGGUUUCCAUCAAGAAAUUUAUUCCCGGACGACGGAAGAAGAGGGCAGACGGGAAGCAAGAACAAGCCGCCGCUGAAGAGGCGGGCCCGACGGAAAUCAAUGAAGAUGACCCUGAUGUCCCAGCUGUUGUGCCUCUGUCCGAGUACGAUGCUGUAGAAAGGGAGAAGCUGGAAGUGCAGCAAGCUCAGAAGAGGGAGGAGAGACCCCAGCUACAGGGGCCUGUGUAUGUGUCAGAGGAGCUUAGUAAGACCCUGGUUCACACCGUGAACGUGGCUGUCAUUGACGGGACCCGGGCCGUCACCACUGCCGAAGAGCGGUCUCCUUCCUGGAUCUCCGCUUCCGUGACAGAGCCUCUUGAACUUGCCCGAGACGAAGCCACAGUGUCCACCGUGGAGGUCAUUGCAAAAGACACCCCAACGGUCGCCCCGACCCUGCCAGAGGGCAGAGAUGCCCAGGACGACACAGUGACCAGCGAGGUGGAAGUCACCUCGGAAGCCGUGACAGCUGCAGAAACCACAGAGGCUCUCCAUGCUGAAGAGGUCACCGAGGCAUCAGGGGCCGAGGAGACCACAGACAUGGUGUCGGCAGUGUCCCAACUAACCGACUCCCUCGACACCACAGAGGAAGCCACCCCAGUCCAGGAGGUAGAGGGGGGGGUGCCAGAUAGAGAAGAGCAGGAGCGGCAGACACAGGCCGUCCUCCAGGCAGUCGCAGAAAAGGUCAAAGGGGAGUCCAGGGCACCCGCCACCCAGGCUGUUCAGAAAGCAGGAGCGCUGGAGAAGGUAGAGGAGGUAGAAGAGGAUUCCGAAGCGCCAGCUGUGGAGAAAGAGAGGGAUGCCGUGCUGGAAGAACCCGUGCAGGGAGCUGAAGCUGGGCGUUCUGCACAGAGCCCUGGGGUUGUACAGAGCCCUCCAGAGAACCUCAGAGAAGUUCCCGAAGUCACCGCGGGUGUGGAGCUGAAAGAGCGGGUCACCCCGUGCCAGGCUGCAGAGCCCCAGCAGCUGAUGGAACAAGCUGGAGCCCCCGACUCAUCCGAAACCUUGACAGACAGCGAGACGAAUGGAAGCACCCCCCUCGCGGAUUCAGACACCCCAGAUGUGACACAGCAAGACGAGGCCAUUGAAAGCCAGGACAGUAAAGCCCCUGCCUUGGACAGGCAGUCCCAGGCCACGGAGGUAGAGGCAGCUCCCGCUCAGGAGGAGGGACCUUCGAUACCACCUAACUUGCCACCCCAGGAAGGACAUGGGGGGAAACCAGGAAGAGAUGCUCCAGAACCCAUGCAGCAAGAACUUUCUGUGGAAACAGUGCCCCUUCUGGCAGAGACCGAGGUGGGUCACGAGGCUGGCCACUCGGAUGGUGAAAAAGUCAAAGACGAACCGUGUGUUGAAGGACUGGAGGCGUCCGUGCACACCGAUGGACCCGACGGCCGAGAAAAGAUUGCCGAGGUGGCACGUGAUGGUGAAGGGAUGGGGGCGCCGGAAGGUCAAGAAGACGAGAGCCCGGGAGUGCAGGGUCUUAGCCCGGAGGAGAGAGAGACGGGAACUGAUGCCGAGAAGGAGAAAAUGGAAACAAAGCCAGGGGAAGUGAGUGAAGAACAUGAGCAGCCGACGGCCUCUCCUGAGCCGGAAGAAGCCCACCCGCAGCUCAUCCAGACAGCUGACGUGUCCGACUCAGAGAGGGGGAAGGCAGCGAGCAGCCUUGACGGGAGCUCUUCUCUCCCAGACCAAGCAGGCUGCGCAGAGGUUCAAGUUCAAAGCUCAGAGCCACCAGCAACUCAAACAGCCGGACCUGUGAGCGAGGUUGCCGACACUGUCAAGAUUUCAGAAACCGAUGAAAGUCCGGAGUGUGCGGGUGCACCCUUCAUACCAGCAGAAGGGUCCUCUGCAAAGGGUGACUACUGGACUCUGCAGCAUGGAGAGGACACUGUGCCCUUGGGACCUGCGGCUCAGGCAGAGUCGGCCCCGGGAAUAACGACGUCACCCACUCCCGAGGGCACCCUGCAUUCUGACCCGCGAGGAGAGAGAAGCGCAUCCCAGGAGCAGAGAUCAGAUGAAGACGGCGGGCAGGUUGGUGGUCCUGACGGCAGGGAGAGCGCAGGAAGGGAGGAAGGCCUCGGGGUUGAGUCUGAGCUCCUGCACCUGGAGAGUGAGAGCAGCAAGCUUGUCCAGAACGUCAUCCAGACAGCCGUUGACCAGUUCGCCCGUACGGAAACGGCCCCCCAAGCCUGCGCCUCCGGUUUACAGGCACAGGUUCCCGUGGUGCAGGCUGACAGCCAGGGAGCCCAGCAGACGCUGGGCAAUAAAGAGAGCCCCCAUCACGUCUCUGCCCAAGAUGACGAAACACCGGCAGCUGGGGCCGAAGAGGGGAUUGCCCUUCCUGAUAUUUCCAAAGGCAGGAGCGAGACGUCGUCAGAAGAGAUCCACGUGCUUGCAGUUGGCAGUGCCAGUGUCAAAGACCGGCAGUGUGAGGAGGUAAUUGUCCCACUCGAGGCCAAGGGAGAUGGGGACGGAGCCAAACCCAUGCCAGCUGAUGAGUGUGCCAAAUUAGGAGAAAGCGUCGAGAAGCUGCCGUCUGAAUCCAAAGAUCAAAGGGGGCACGCUGCCGAUGGCCCCCAGCACCAAAGCUCAGCCCAGGCAGAGGCCGACGCCUCGGGAAAUCUAACCAAAGAGUCUCCAGACACCAAUGGACCAAAGCUCACAGAGGAGGGAGAUGCCUGGGAAGUCGGGGUUCAGGAAGGAAAAAUGCCGACCGAGUCGGUCAAAGAGAUCAAGCCCCAGACAGAAGAGGACCUACAAGAGCCAGAGGGAGACUUGGAAGAAUCCUAAGAUGUUGGUAUACGCAUUGUAUAUUUGCAAGACCGGAAUGUGAAGACAAGCCACGGAACAAAACGCUGCUGUCGGGACCUGGAGACCAAGAUUGCCUGAGCCCUUGAGAUGGGAGCGUGGGCCGCCCAACUGACUUCAACCUUGGAGAGCACCCCUGACAACCCUGAGACUUCACCGGGAGCUAGAAGCCAGCUAACAUUCCCUUGUUUCAAGACUGCCUUUGAGUUUGCCCUCGAUAGUAUCCACUUCUGAUUUCAGGUCCUACCGUUCCCAACCUGGAAACCAGUGUCGGCAAUACCUAGUUCUACUUCUCAAACUGGAGCGACCUCCUUUAUGUAUUUAUAUGUAUGUUUUAUGUAGUCCUCCUCCUGUACCUAUUGUAUAUUUUUUCCUACCGUUUAAGCACAUGCCUUUUGUAUUAUGCAAUAUAUAACGGGUGUGCAGCCAUAUUGAAGCUUUGAGAAGCUCCAAGCCUCAACCAUAGCCUGUGGCAAACAGAGAUAACAUUCCUGGGAGGAAAGUACAAGUCUUUUCAAAGUUCACUGAGGCUUAGGUUCGUGGGUUAGUCGUCCUCUGAAAGUGGCCAUUUUCCUAUGCACAGCAAGCUCAGAAAUAAAACGCCAUUUUGAAACAUCCAGAAUGUCCCAAUAUUACUGUGACGUGUUUCUUUCUAAUCCAGUCCAGGUUGGAAAGAAGUCUCCUUAGUGGCAGAUUAAGCCCCUUCUCUUAAUGACAUGGACAGAUGAGUGUGCCGAAGGCCGUGAGGUGUUUUCCAUCUUAUGCAGAAGGAAAUCUGUUGUACUUUUUUGAUUGUACUCUUAUAUGCUGGAUCGAAUUCAUACGCAGAACGAAGUGAGUCCCGUUCUUUAUAAAUGGUAUUUUGAUAGAUACUGGAGUGUGUCUGUGUUAUAUCUGUGCCCCUUUUAAGAACAAUGUUGCAUUAUGUUCCUUUGGAUAAAUUGUGAUUUGACAACUGAUUUAAAUAAAAUAUUUGCUUCACUUA